AAGGAAACGGGGCGUGGCCUCCUGGAAAACUUAUAGCCGCGGGCGGCGCCCUGAUUGGCUACUCCACCGUCCGAAGGGGCCGGGGAAGAGCGAGCGGCUGACGGGAGCGCGUUGGCCACGCCCCUUCUCUCGCUCUCGGUCCCCGCUCAAGCAUUCGGCGUUCGGAGCGCGAGGCCCAGACUGGCCCGGCCCGGCCCUCUUGUCCCUUCGCUUUCUUCUUCCGCCUGCUCGGGGGAAAGAAGAAGACUUCUUCAAAAGUACAGUGAAGGUGGGAAAGAGACUCAUUCAGGAGAAUGAGUGAACUGGAGCAGUUGCGGCAGGAGGCGGAACAACUCCGGAAUCAAAUCAGAGAUGCUAGAAAAGCGUGUAGUGACACAACUCUUGCUCAGAUCACCACAAGCCUUGACUCGGUGGGCCGAAUCCAGAUGCGCACAAGACGUACCUUGAGAGGCCAUUUAGCUAAAAUAUAUGCCAUGCAUUGGGGAUCCGAUUCAAGGCUACUAGUGAGCGCUUCUCAAGAUGGAAAAUUAAUUAUUUGGGAUAGUUACACAACAAACAAGAUGCAUGCCAUUCCUUUAAGAUCUUCCUGGGUCAUGACCUGUGCGUACGCCCCAUCUGGCAAUUACGUCGCCUGUGGUGGAUUGGACAACAUCUGCUCCAUAUACAACCUGAAGACACGAGAGGGCAAUGUACGAGUGAGCAGAGAACUACCCGGCCAUACUGGGUAUUUGUCUUGUUGUCGCUUUCUAGAUGACAACCAAAUAGUCACAAGCUCAGGAGAUACCACCUGCGCUCUAUGGGAUAUUGAGACUGGCCAGCAGACUACUGCUUUUACUGGGCAUACCGGUGACGUAAUGAGCCUCUCUCUAAGCCCAGACAUGAGCACCUUUGUUUCGGGUGCCUGUGACGCAUCAUCCAAGCUCUGGGAUGUCCGAGACGGAAUGUGCAGGCAGUCUUUCACAGGGCACGUGUCUGACAUCAAUGCAGUUUGUUUCUUCCCCAACGGCCAUGCCUUUGCCACUGGCUCUGAUGAUGCCACCUGUCGGUUGUUUGACCUGCGAGCUGACCAGGAGCUCAUGAUGUACUCUCACGACAACAUCAUCUGUGGGAUCACAUCCGUCGCUUUCUCGAAGAGCGGCCGCCUCUUGUUGGCGGGCUACGACGACUUCAACUGCAACGUUUGGGACUCCCUGAAGGGAGAGCGUGCAGGCGUCCUUGCUGGCCAUGACAACAGAGUCAGCUGCUUAGGAGUUACCGAUGAUGGCAUGGCUGUAGCUACAGGAUCUUGGGACAGUUUUCUCAGAAUCUGGAAUUAAUCUGGCAGUACACACACACACACACACACACACACACACACACACACACAACCUUCUCCACCGAGAUCUGGAGAGAUCAGUGCUGCAGCCUAUUGCUGUGAAAUAACAUUUCUACCUUGUAUUUACAGGUGAAGUUUUUCUACUCACUGAUUUAUUGCAUAAAUAGGCUUUCUGUAAAUGAAGUAUAUAUAUAUAUAUAUAUAAAAUCAAGCGAAGUCGUGGGUGGGAGAAAUUGGUGACUUUGAUGCAUUGGGGUGGGGAACAGGACAUAAUAUUAAUGGUUGACAGAAGCUAAAAGAGCCAGUCCAUCUUGUGUUUGGCUUGGCUACAUUUCCUGGAGGGAUUUUUGUUUGUGCCUAUCCCUGCUAAUUCUGUACCUUUUUUUUGUACAUAACUAAAAAUACACAUAGCAGCCAAUCAUGUAACAUUUUGUCUGUAAGUAAAGAAAUAAUGUUUGCAAUUUUUUUUAAAGAAACUGCAUUUAUAUAGCUCUACAUUUAAUCUGAGAUGUCUCUUUCCGCCUGAGUUCUGCGGCGGAUCAACUUAGAUUGCUGUUUUGAUAUGUUUUUAUUCCCCCCCAGUGAAUUUACUGUAGAUAAAGUGUGAAGUUAUUGAGCUGUUUGUGGAUUUUAUAACAGAAAGUGUUUGAAUUACUGCUUGAUCUGUCUUUGUUUCUAUCCAUUUAAAAAACAACAACCGGAGAGAAGGCCCCGACGACUUCUUGUGACACCUAGCGCCUUACUUGCUUGUUGACCAGUUUGUUUAAAUAGGAGGUUUGAUCCUAUUUGCCUGUGGACCCUGGCUAGUCCAUUGGCAGUCAGAGGGGCUCUACGCACCAGGGGGUUAAAUAGGUCAUCAGACAGACAUUUCACAAACAAGAACUGAAAUAUUUUGGUCUGCAGAGUAUAUGAGCUUCCUUCCAGCAGCCUCUAAAAUUUGGAUCAGCCUAUCAGUUGAGGGACUGAAGCUGAAAAACGGCUGAGGCAAUAGUUUGUUUUUGUUGGAGCAGUUGUAAAUGGGAAGUUUUGGCCUACUAUAAAAUCAGCCUGUACAGUCUGGUACUAUAAGGUUGAGCCACUUUCUAGCAAAGAUGCUGUUUCUCAUGGGAUCGUACCACUCCAUGUGGGGGCAUAACGCUGUUUUGAAGGCACCUCCUCUCACAUUCAAUCUCGUUCUCCUUUACAAUCCACAGGUUGAUCUGUUUGUCAGGUAGAAAACACCCACCUGAUGUUUUGCACAUGCAGAGAAACGAUAAGAGCGGGAGUGCAUUCAAGCAUUCUUCCAACCAUGGGAUUUGUGUGCUAGCAUAAGUCCUGGCUCUUAGAACCUUCUGCUCAGUUGCACCGAUCAGCCGCUCUAGGAAAGGCUGAAAGUUCAUUCUAAUACUGCCAAGUUACCCAGACAUUCCACAGCAGAACAGAGUUGCCUUUUAUGUGUGCCUGUCCCAGAAACGGCGUGGCAUUAAAUGCUCUUGGGGCGGCUGCUCUUGAUGGGAGUUGGGAGUCCAGGAAUAUCUGGAGGUCCACAGGUUCCCUGAACCUGGGCAUUUAUUUCCCUUUGUCUUCAUCUCUCUCUCUAGAACAUUUCAUCCCCCAGUUAAUCCUGAUCCAUUAAUUGGUACAGUUUCAGCCUUUAAUUGGGAGCCAGGUGUUACGGAAGAGCAUCCUAACGAAGUUCACCCAGUCACAGCUCAUAAGAACUGUUUGCUGAAAUACAGCAAAGGGUUAGAAAUAGCUUUUAAAAAUAAAAAUAAUCACUGGAAUCAAUUUAUGGUGCUGGUAAAAAAAAUGUGCCUGUGCUUAUAAUCAAUUAAGUGAAUCACACCCUUAUGGAAAUAUUAAAAGAGUGGACACGGGAGGUGUAUCCUUGGUUGUCUUCUCAUUGUGCACACAGUAUCAGAAGGUGCAAUUUUACAUUGCUGUUACGUGCCCAUUUCUCAAAGUGUGGGGUAAGAGGAGCUUUUAAAACAAUCCCAAUUCUGUUGGCAAAUAUCAGGAGCUGUCGACAGUAAAACAGUCUCGCAGCUGAGCCAUCUGUUUUGGCAAGUUUCAGCCGAAUUUUUAAUCACUCAUUCCAGCCUUUCGAUUUGCCCUGGUUUACCACAGUAAAAGUGCCAAUUCAUGUGCCAAGCAUAGUGGAUUUAGUAGUGGUGAAAAAAGACAUUACUACAUUGUGAUUUUUCAGGAAUUUGCUCCUUUGCACACUAACAAAACUAUUGUCUGUGUAGGACCAAAUUCACAAGCGCACUUGUAUUUUCCUAUGGAUCAGAUCCUGGUAUCUGGAUCAGAGAGCACAGGGGUCAAGUAAUGUUUCAGGAUUUAUUGAUGAUAUUAACAAUUUUUUCUUUUCAUGCUCAGGCAGUCACUCUGAACUGUGUACAAACUCUGUACGAACCUCCCUUGUUACAACAAACACAAGCCACCUUUUGAAUUGACCUUAGGACUGACUUGCACUUGUAAAACUAAUGUAGUCCUCGAAUUGAAAAGUGACAUACAGUAGCUCCAGUACAACUUUGAAAUUAAGAAUGGAUUGGUCAGUGAGCCAAACAAGCUGGCAGAUGUUACAUAGCCGCUUCUGCUUUGUGCCAGUUAAGGGGUGCGACAGCUUAUACCCAUGUAUUAGAAUGCAUUCAGUGACCCUGGGCAUGGAUACACGUGGAAAUGCCUUGUUUAUAGAUGAGCCUGUAUGCCUGGAGUUCCCAACAUGGUACACUAGCCAUUUAUACCUCCCAAGUACCCUUACCCAUAUGUGUGUGUGUGUGUGUGUGAGAGAGAGAUUUUUCUUUCCUUGCCUACUUUUUUGUGUCAUUGGGCAGGGCGGGGUGGUUCUGAGCAUCCUUGGUUUUUCUUCUGUGAAAUGAGUAUUUUGUGAUGCCCAUGAUUUACCAAGUACAAUUUGUGUUUGUGAGAGUUACAGAUCAAUUAAUGGAGGAUUUUGCAGGUGUGGCAUGUGGAGUUUUGAUGGGAAAUUUGCUUAUUUGUAGCGUUUUGGACUUGGUUGCACAGAGUGCUCAAAUUCCGCUUUACAAAAUGGAUGUGGUGUUUGUUGGUAUAGACCACCCCUAUUGAUUUAGCUAUACAUGUCCCAAGUCGCUAUUGUUCUAGCGCCAUUCAUGUCGGAUCACAGCUUGAAAUGAACAGAAUAUAGGCAAGAGGCAGAGCUGUUUCCUAAUGUUCCCUCUGUUUGUUUUAGUGGGGCUUGUUCAGAGAAAGGGGCAAUAGUGCCGUGGGUUUGCAAGCUGUGGCCUAUGUUAAGCUGUCCAAAGGCUAUUGCUAGGCCAAUUGCAGGAUUACUCUGGUUUCCAACAACACAAGGAAUGUAGUAUAUUUGAAAUAUUUGCAUUCCUAUUUGGGUUCAAGUUCAUGAUUUGAGUACUGCCAGCUGAACUUGGCAUCUGAACACUGGAAGUACAUCCUUACCUCCAAGGGGGGUCCGUCAUUUUGCCUCUCUGUUCUUGGCUUACUUAGGAGUAUCAGCAUCCCUAGGGCAGAUUUUUCAACCCCUUGUUCCUUACUACAAUUUCUUGCAAAAAUUUACCUGCCAGCUACAUACAUGGUGGCCUCCUCUCGCAUGUAUUGCACUAAAUGAUGUGGAGCAGAGCAGCGAUUUGCCACGUGGAUAUGCCAAGUGGCAUAUCAUUUCCCACCUAUUGAGCCGAGCCACAAUUUGUGUGAAUCAGCCAGCCUCCGUCUUCUAAGAGAACCAAGGGUGUCUAGCUCAUAUGAGCAUCCCAGGUUGAGUCAAGGGUUUGAGCGUUUUUUCGCCAAAGAGAAAGGUUGCCCGUGAAUUGGCAAUGUUACAUUUCCUGAUAUGGAACAUGUGCACUGCAUGAAAUGAAAAUCACUCUUGGUCUUGUUUCUUUAAUCUGCUCGCCCCACCGCAAAGUUCCAUAUUAUGGUACUUCAGAGCACAGCCAAAACAUCCAGAGAGUGUUUCCUCUGCCCUUUCUCCCCAUCUCCCACUAGACUUUAUGUGCUAUUGUUAUUCAGAUGUCAGCGUGACUAGGUCAUUUUCGGUUGUGGCUUUCAAGGAGUUUGUGCAUCAGAGUGACUGCCAGUAGCAUUUCAUAGAAUCAUAGAAACUUAAGAAUUGGAAGGGACCCAAGGGUCAAUGCAGGAAUCUCAGCUAAAACAUCCAUGACUUACGGCCCGUAGAAAUAACACAGCUGGGAUCAAGGGUGCCAACAAAUGAAAACUGGCCACCAUUUAACAACAGUUCAAAAAUACCCCAUCUUCUCCGGCGGCCCCAGUUGCCCGGAAAGCAUCCGUAGGCUUCAGUCAUGGGGCAAGCCAAGCCAGGGCCCAGAGUGCCUCCCACUUCUCUGUGGCUGCAAUAGGGCUUGCCAUGUGAACAAGGUCUACAGCCAGCCAAAUCCUCUGUCUGUGGGUGGGACCCAAAGUCGUGCAUUUGCAGUGGGGCUUCUUAAAUGUUCUCCCUCCCUGCUGAGCAGAUAGCCCUGAAUGUUGGGUUGGGAGAAGGAUCUUAAACGCCAUUGGCUGCAGCUGGGAGGGAAAAUAGCCAAUGCUAUUUGGGAUCCCGGUCCUUAGGUAGAAAUGUCCAAUGGCUGUCUCUGACCUUGGAAGUUCAGGGUCUCUGUGUUACGCCUCCUAUCUUGGUCUGGCAUGCAUGCUGCCCAAACAACUUCUUCCAUGUUUGGGCCACUUGCAUGCCAUCGUCUUUUUUCUUUCUCAAGUCAGUUACUGAUUGUAAAAUACACGCAAGACUGUUAAAAAUGCUCGAUGAUGUUGCGGUGAGUACGUGAACAGUAUUACUAAUGACUUAUAAAUGACAAUUAUUAUUUUUUUAUAUGUGCCUGACCUUUCUCGUGCCACACGACGUUCGGUUUUGACUAAAUGUGGGCAUCUUAAAGAGACAGUUCAAGCCUUUGCUUUUACAACACAAUGGUGCUCUUUCUUUCCUCUUCACGGCAACGCAUCUCGCCAUGUGUAUAUUCGCAUUGCCAUCCAAAGGAACUGCAUCCGUUUUCAGAAGUGAAUGGGGUUUUCUGCUCUUAACGACUUGCUUCAACCUUUUCACAUCCAGGGUGUGUGUGUGUGUGCACAGUGGUUUGGUGUAUGUGUGUGGUUCUCUCUUUUUACCUUGCUGCCAGCUUCUUUUGAGGAAAAAAAAAACCCUUCCAAAACAUUUCCAGGUGCCAAGUGAUUCUGCACCGCCUUUUGGAUUGUGUAUUCAGAAAGUCUUAAAAAUUAUUUUAUUUAACCUAAUUAAAAAAGAAGAGUGCAGGGACCUGUGCCAUUUGUUCUUCUAACAGUGCUGUUGUAUAAAGACUUCCCUGUGGAUUAAAAAAUAAAAAAAAUCACUUGCUAUGAAUUGUUUAUAUUCCUGCCUCCCCCCCCCACUAUAACAAACGUUUCCUUUGUAUUUGUACAGUGGUUCCGUGAAAGAUGUUACCCUGACUUGAUAUUGUAACCAAUAAACUGCUUUUAACUAGGAUUUCUCUGCCUGCCGUGGUUCAUUUUCCUUUCCUUUCUUCUCUCCUGUUUCUUUGGAAAUGUGAGUUAAUAUGGCACAUGGCUGUAUAAUACUCACGCCUCUUUCUUACGUUCAGAACCAUUUUUUUAUAUGUCUAAGCAUCUGAUAUAUUACGUAACUACCAUAUAUACUGGGGUAGCUGCAAAGAAGUGUGAGUAAACUUUGCUCAGACAGUGGAGCUUGUCUGCUUCCAUAAAGGCCAUUGCCAGGG